AUGGCUGCAGGUGUGAGCCAUCGAUUGGUGGUCGAGGAGCAGGGUGCGGCGGGUAGAGGCGUCGACGCAGGGGCAGGGAGAGGAGAGGAUGACGAAGGGGGAAGAGGAGCGGAAGGAAGAGGAGGUGAGGGAGAGGGAAGAAAGGACGGAAGCAGAGGAGAGGAGAGGGGAGGCGGAAAGGAAGGAGGAGGAGAGGGAGGGAGAAGAGAGGGAGGUGGAGAGGACGGAGGAGGAAGGGGCGGAGGUAAAAAAGUGGGAGGUUUGGAAAAUGUGUUGGAUGGAGGUAAGGAGGACGCAGAGAGGGGCAGAGAGGGAGACCGGAAUGAUAGUGCUGGUGGCGGCGGCGGGGAUGCUGGGGUUGGCGGGGAUAGCGGGGAUGGUAGCGGACAGGCUGGCGACGGAGGAGGCACAGAAGGGACUGUGACGGAGGGGAAGUGGAGGCACCCAUUCCUGGGCUCCAAGAACAGGCCCACGAGCUUCUCGCUGCCUCCCCAGGGCGCGCGGCCGCCUAUGGACGUGCGCGUGAAGUACGAGAUCGCCGUGCUGCGCUGCCUGCGCGCGCACGUGAGCGCCACUGUGAUCUCCGCCGUGGUGCUCGCCAAGUACGGCGUGGACGUGUCCCCCCGCAAGGUGCAGAAGAUCGCGGGCGAGCAGCGCAAGUGGAUCAAGGCGGGCGCGAGUCCCGCGGGCAGCAUGGAGGUGGUGCGACUGGAGGACGAGGUGGCCGCGUGGGUGCUAAGGGAGGAGCAGGAGAAGAAGCGGGAGGCCACCGUGGAGCGCAUUCUAGCGCGCGCCCAUGCCCUCGCGCCUAAGUACCUGACGGCGGGGAAAGCCCCUCUGACGCAGAAAUGGGUGUCGGCUUUUAUGAGGCGGUAUGGGCUGCUGCUGCUGCCGCUUACUGAGAGGGCUGCGGGUGCGACGGGAGGGGCAGGGGAGGAGAGUGAGAGCGAGGGUGAGGAGUGUGGGGAUGAGGACGAGAGGCAAGGCGGGAUGGGGAAGGGAGAUGGCAAGGGUGUGGGAGGGAAGGGCGGGAAUGGAGUUGUGGGGCGGGGAGGGCAUAUGGGUGCAACGCAGGGGGUGGUGGUGAAAGUAGAGGCGGACGAGGAUGGGGAAGCGGAGGGUGUGCGGGAUGCUUGGGGUGACGGUUUGGGCAAAAAGAACGUAAUUUGUGCGGGGGUUGACAAACGGCAUUCGCAGCGGGACAGGGAAGGUGAGAGGAAUCUGCAGGGUGGUGAUGGCAAUGGUGAUGGCAAUGGUGAUGGCAAUGGUGAUGGCAAUGGUGAUGGCAAUGGUGAUGGCAAUGGUGAUGGCAAUGGUGGUGGUGGUGGUGGUGGUUACGGCGCUAAUGGUGUCCAGGAUACAGGGAAUGGGCAGAAGGGAAGUGGUUGGAGUAGGACUGCUGUCUACAAGGCGCAAGCAAACGUUUGGGACAUAAAUUGGGCGCGAAAGACAUGGGUGACUGGGUGGGAGAACGGGGAGUACGAGGGCAGUGAGGAGAGUGAGAGUGACAGCUCAAGCCAAGAGAAAGAUGAGAGUGAGGAGGGGAGUGAGGAAGAGAGCGGGCAGGAGAGUGACGAAGGAGCGAAGUGUAAUAAAGGAGGGAAGGCGGGAGUGAGGGGGGGAGGGGAGGCAGUGGUGGAGGUGGAGGUGGGCGACGGGCACUUUGACGCGGUGCUGGGUGCUGCAGAGCGUGCAGCGAGGGAGACGGUGAGGGAGUUGCGGCGAGACGUGGUGGAGGAAGCAGUGCUGGAGUCGGAGGUGCUGGUGAAGGGGCCCGUGGGGCGCGGCAGCCUCGCAUGGGAGAAGCACUUGGAGAUCAUGCGCAUGGGCAGGCGGCGGGGCGCUCCGAGUGGGGACGCCAAGAGGGAGGGCGAGCAGGGGCGUGAGGAGCACGGGGGGGAGAAGCGGGAGGGUGUGGGCGAUGCGCAAGAUGGGGGGGGUGGGGCGGGUGAGGAUGGUGAUGAGGGACUGGGUGUGUCGGGGCGGCGUUAUUCCCGUCGUGUGACAUGCCUGGGCACCAACUACCACAGCAAGCUGCCGACUCAACCCCUCUUCAUCCACGCCUCCGCCUGCUCCUUGCUCCUGCCGCCCCCGGAUGUUAGGCAGGCAGCAGGGCAAAGGGAAUGUGCGAGGGGGCAGCAGGGCCAUGCAGCGAGGCAGCAGGGCGUGGGCGAGGACGAUACAGAUGAGCUCAUCUGCCUGUGGCGGCCCCCACGCAGCAAGUGCAGCAAGGGGGCAGGGGAAGGGCCUGUAGUACUGGAGGGGAUCACGCUCAGCCGCGUCCGCGCGCUCUGCCUCGUUGUGCAGGCUCGGCCGGGCCUGCGGCAGAAAACACUCCUGCAAGCGGUGAAGCUGGCGUGGAACAUGCAGCUGAGUCUCAAAGUCCUCUUUGCCAUCCUGUGCCAGCGCCGCCGGUGGCUGCAGCUGCCAGCGGGGCUGAGUGUGGGGAUGCUGAAGAGGCCGCGUAUCAGGGCGGUGCGGCUGCUGGAGGUGGCACUGGCGCGGUGGGUGGAGGACAUUGGGGCGGCCAUCAAGAUCUACUGGGAGCACCUCUCCUCGCCUCUUCGCCCCGCCUCUGCUGCUGCGCUGCCUGCUGGGCGCAGGGGGGGAAACGCGAGGGUGCAGUAUGUGUUGCGGAAAGAGGUGAUUAUCGAGGUGGCGAGGCGGAUCGGGCCGCUGGUGGGAGUGUUUCCGGGGUUUCAGUUCUCGUACAACUGGUGCUCCACGUUCGUGCGUGAGGUGGCUGCGUGCAGGGAGAUGCUGCGACAGCGCGCGUUGCAGGGCGAGGGCGAGUCAGCAGUGACGGGAAAAGAGGUGCUUGGGAAUCUGCAACCUGCAGACGUAAAAGGAGAGGCAAAGGGGGUGGAUGCUGGGGAGAUUGUGGGGAGGAAGGCUGAUGAAGGGAUUGGGGUGGAGAAGAAGCGAGUGGGAGGGAUGGGGGAUGGGAACGGGGAGAAGAAGAAGGAGAAGAAGAAGGAGGAGACGGAGACGGAGAAGGAGAAGGAGAAGGAGAAGGAGAAGGAGAGGGAGAGGGAGAAGGAGAAGGAGAAGGAGAAGGAGAAGGAGAAGGAGAAGGAGAAGGAGAAGGAGAAGGAGAAGGAGAAGGAGAAGGAGAAGGUGAAGGAGAAGGAGAAGGAGAAGAGGGAGGGGGUGUUGGCGAAGUGGAUCAAGAGGCGCCUGGAAAGGCAGCAGUGGCAGCAGGCGGUGCAGAGAGAGUGCGCACGGGAAGAGGGGAGAAAGCUCCCCGCAUGGCGCCCUGUGAGCGUCUCUGCCGCCUCCAUCCAGCGCUUUGCCCAUCGCCUCCACCUACAGUGCAGCACGGCUGCCUGUGCACCAUCCUCACCUCCCUCCACCGCGCCCUUGCCUGCCCAAUCCCCUUCCUCCCGCACGUCAUCGUUGUUGACCCUGGAGUGGAUGCUUGCCUUGUUGCAGCGCUGGGGCAUCUCCUCCACCUGCAUCUCAGGCCUCUAUCAACUGCCCUCUGCUGCCACGCGCUUUACCACCACUGCUGCUGCUGCUCCUGGUGCAGCAGCCAGUGCAGAGGCUGCUGCUGGUGCUUUUGUUGGUGCUGCUCCCUGCAAUGCAGCUGCUGGCAACACAUCAUCAACGGGGCUGGCCCAACCAGCAGCACAGCAGCAGCACCAGCAGGGGCCACGCAUGAAGCGAACGAAGAUUAGGCGAACAGCACAGGCAGAGGUGGUGUGGGCACUGGAGGCAGCAGCGCAUGGAAAGCAACUCUCAACAGCACGGCAGAGGGACAGCGGAGACGCAGAGCAGGGGCAGCAGAGAGCGCAGGCAGCAGUGGCAGCGGAGUGGGCAGAGUCGGCAGUGGAGGCGGGGAUAGACCUGCAGGAGUGGGCGGAUGGGCGCGACGUGAGGGCGCUGCUGCGCGCCCUGGACGGGGACCGGUGGCGCGUGCGCAUGCGCGUGCGGCAAGGCCACAAGUGGUGCAAGUGGCUCCACUCUCACCCGCAGCGGAGGGGCUGGGGCACGGGGCAGGGGGGAGUCGGACGGGCGGGUGCGGAGGGAGAGGAGGGUGGGGUGGCAGGGAGUGUUGCUGGAGGGGGAGAGGGGGCUGGGGGGGGUGAGACGGUUGGUAGAAGGGAUGGUGGAGUGUGGAGGAAUUUUUUGUUCAACAUGCCGUAUUACUGCGACCCAUUGGAGGACCGGCCUGGGAAAGGGGGGAGGCGCGGAUGGAAGGAGGAGGAUGAGGAGUGGAGGAGGAGGGUCAGGGCAGGCGAAGUGGAUGCGGGAAGGGAGAUUGGAAAAGAGGAAGGUGGGUUUCGUGCGGGUGGGAAAGGAGGGAGGGGGCAGGGUCAGGCGAGAACUCGGCAGGGAGGAGGCAAAAGAGGAGGAGAGCAAGGAGGAGCAAGGGGAGGAAAGGGAGUGGGGAGAGGAGCGGCAAACUCGGUGGAGGGGGCCAAGUGGGAUGGCUUGUGGUCGUCCGGUGACGAGGGAGGUGGUGGAGGAGAGGAUGAGGAGGAAAUUGGUAUUGGUGGCGAAGAAGAUAGUGACAGCGGUGAUGAUAGUGGCGACAGUGGUGACUCUGGCGCACUGCCUUCACUCCAAAUGCCAGAGCCGCAGCAACAGCAGCAACAUCAACAACAGCAGCAGCAGCAGGGGCGCUCUGGCUGUGAGGAAGCGGUGCGUGCAGGAGCCAUGUGUGGGUAUGAGGCAGGUCCCAAUGGCCCACAACAGCGUGGAUCGUCCACCACUCCUCGCCCACCUGCCGCCAGCCUGCAUCCGUUGCUGCCGCGCCCACUCAGCGCCCCAUUGCAACCUGGUGCACGAGUUGCUGCAGGGCAUCCUGCUGCCCCCAUCAUGCCUGCCUGGCCACAGCAUGGGUAUGCAUCACAGCCUCUAUUUUCUCUCCCUGCUGUUGCUGCCUGUGCUCCUGCGAGCGAGGAUAGGAUGGGUACUACUCAAUCCACGGCCUUAGCAGGGGAUACUGGUUUUGCAAUGAGGAAGGCAAAAAGGAGGAGAGGGGAAGGCCGCGAUGUAGAGAUUGAGGUGUCGGGAAGAAAGGAGGGACUGGUGGGGCAGAAAAGGAGGGCGCGCGAGGUGGGAGCAUCAGGGAAACGCGCUGCACGGAGUUCAGCGUUUCAGAAUGCUUGGAAAAUGCUCAUGGAUGGAGGGAACGCGCAAGGAGAGGGUAGGGGCCGUGGUGAUGCUGCUGGUGAGGGCGUUGAGGCGGAAGUGGAAGGAGGGGGAGUGAAAGAGAGGGGUGAGGAAGGCGAGGAAGAAGAGGAGGGUGGUGAUGAUAAAGGGGGGAACAGGAGGCAGGGGAAGCGCCAGAAGAGAAAGGUCACAUGGGGUGGUGUAGCUGAUGUGGGGUGA